UCUGUCUGUUCUGUUCGUCUGAUCCCUUUCAAAAAACKAAUUUUCAUUUCUUUAUUUAAAAAGACAAAACACAUGAAUUAAUUUUGUAUGAAUAUAAAUGCGUCGGAAUUAGCACAACAGCUAAAUUUCAUCUGUUGUCCUGAGCAGAUAAAAAAACUAAAAUAGUUCCUGGAGAAACUAAUUCUAAGUUUAAGCUAACAGCUAAUGCUAAUUUAAAGAAAGGCUCUAAUUCAGCUAUUUUAAGACUUACAGAGCUUAAAACUGGUAUAGUAGUAGCCACGAACAAGCUUUGACAAAUUCCGAAUGCUAAAUAAAAAUUCAAGAUGGCCGCCAGAGCUAAUUUGAAACUGAAUUUUUUUUCUGUUUUUAGCAGUGUUAAGAUGUAAGAAUGAAUCUUGAAUCCAGUGGGAUACUGGUUCCAUCGCUGCGGAUAAAACAUUAGCUGCUUCCUGUGCUGUUUUAGCAUGUGUAUACAGUACAGUAUCGUCUGCAUAUAAGUGAAAUUUGUGAAAAAUACUUUUUAUAAAUAGUAAAAAGCAUAGGUCCUAACAUAGAGCCUUGUGGGACCCCAACGGAGCAGGUAAUCUCUUCUCUGUAGAGGCUGUACGCUGUUAGAAAGAUAUGUUUGCAUCCAACAUUUCUGUUCGAAAUAUUAAAACGAGAUAUUUGACAACAGCUUGUUUUAGGUAUAGCUCCAUCAAUCCAUGUUCCUUUUCUGAAAAAAAUCAGAAAAACACGUUACGAAGACUUUCAGCUGCUGCCACACAAAAUGUUAGCUCGAUAUCUGUAAAAAGUUCAGUUUUCGACAUUUUUAUGUGUUUGCUAGCUGUGGCAGCCAUUUUUAUUCAGGUUUACUUCAAAAGUUAACAGUCGUACUUUGUUAUUCAAGAGAUAUUUUGCUAACAGAGACGGGGUUGACUCCAGUAGAGCUCACUGACUUUCAGCUAAAGUUUAGCUCCGUAUCUGUAAAUGUGAAUAAUUUAGAGCUGUUUUUGUGUGAAUGUGGAUUAGUCGUGGCGGCCAUCUUUAAUUCGAUUGACUCUAAAAGUAGUUCAUGUGUGUCCUGACGGUCCAGAAUCCACUGGUUGAGGAGAUAUUUUGCUAACAGAACCGAAGCGGACUGAGUGUAAUUUGAUCCCCAGAUGAAUCAUCGGCGCCCGUGAAGCAGAGAAUACCAGAACCCGUCAGAACUUGUGGCUGAAAACUCACAGUUUGGAGUUUUUCUUUUGUCUCGCCCGACUUUGAAGCGUGUUUUCAGUCAGAACCGAGGCCCGGAAGCCGAGCGGGUCAGAACACACAGGGAGCUUUGUUCUCCACACGGGAGCAGAACCGGAGAGAGGAGGAUUUGUUGUGAAAGCCCGGCAGAGCAAACAGGAUCUCCCUCCUGCUCUCCGCCCAGCUGCAGCCGAGCCGGGCCGUUUUGUUUUUUAAAGGAAUACCACAGAACCGGUUCCCCCUGUGAACACGACCCGGUCCGCUGCUCGCAGCUGCUUCUGGUUUGGGUGGCGAGGAAGAGGAGGAGGAGGGGAACCGGGCCGGUCCGAGUCAUGAACAGGCAGCUGGAGUUCGCCGCCUUGGGUCUGGCCCUGGCAGGGUGGCUGGCUGCGGUUCUGACCCGCUGCGUGGCCCUGUGGAAGGUCAGCGGCACCGUGGACAACGUCACGGCCACCCUGCCGGCCUACUGGGACGGGGUGUGGCUGGACUGGGACCACUGGGAUCUGGCCCACGACGGCAGCCUGCACUGCUCCUUCUACCGGUCCCUCAUGUCUCUGUCCGGGAGCUUCCGCACGUGGAGGGCCCUGAUCGAGGCCACCAUCGGCGCCGGGGGCUUUGCGACUCUGGUGGGCGGAGCCGGGCUGGUCUGGUUCCCGGGUCGGGGCCAGGUCAAAGUCUUUUCUGGGGCUGUCUUCAUCGUGGCAGGAGUCCUGAUCCUGGUUCCCACGGCCUGGACCUGCCAUCACACCAGUCAGCCUCUGGAGGGCGUGGUCCCCCUCAGGAGGGACUGGGGUCCGGCCCUGUACCUGGGCUGGAUCUCUUUCUCCCUCAUGCUGCUCGGAGGGGGGUUCCUCACCACCAGGUGGUCCUCGGACGGGGGGCGGGCCGAGCAGCCUGGAGCCGGCAGGACCCAGGACCAAGAGGCCAGUCACCCGCUGAGCACGAUCCACAGAACCGCCUUCACUCACAGCCAGUACGGACGCAGAUCAGAACCCAUCUGAGGACCCGGGAGGUCCGGGUCCCUGGGGGACAGGAGGCCGGAUCAACAGGUCUACAGGGGGACAGGGUUGACUGGACCUGGUUCUGCUGGGUUUAUUUUUUAACAAACUGGUUAUUGUUUACAUGAUGGGUCCGGUUGGUGUGAUGGUUCUGGUUCUGGUUCUGGUUCUGACGGGUUCAGGUUCUGUUUCAAACCUGAUUAUUUAUUUGUGUUAAAAAACUGUGGAAAAACUUUGAUUUGUUUACAUCUGAAACUUUUAGCUCACGUUUAGUUCAAUUUUAGCUUUUUCUUUAUUUCAGCUGUUUUCAGUCGAGCUGAAAACAGCUGAAAUUUGUUACAGAAGCUGAAAUAAAACAAUCACAAGUUAAAACGAGCAAAAUGGGAAACAAAAGAAAGCACCAGCAAAGCACUAAAUAAAUGCUAAAACUAGCCAAACAGUAGCUAAAAGCUAAAAUAAUAGCUAAAGACCAAAAUUAGCAACAAAAUAGCUAAAACUAGUAGUUAAAAGCCUAAAUGAGCAUAACAGCUAAAGCUAACAAAACAUUUGCUAAAAGCCAAAGGAAGCAACACCAAUAGCUAAAGCCAAUAGCUAAAGCUAGGAAAACAUUAGCUAAAAGCCAAAGUUAACACAACAUUAGCUAAAAGCCAAAGCUAUAAUAGCCAAAAGGUAAAAUGUG